GUCAUCGCGCUCACAGAAAUCGAACGAUCCUCUUAUUUAUAUUCACGUCUGCAAAAUAAAAAGGGUUUACAAAAGUUUGUGAUUCACCAAAGUUCCAGAUCCCAUCGCUGGCACGUACCCGUGUCCUCCCCCAUGUGAAGCACGCAAGUAGACGACGAAGACGACGACGGGAUGUCCAACACGGGAAGCAGCAUUUAUCUUCGGCAGCAAGUUUCUGCCCUGCUCGGAAACACGUCGAGUUCGAUAAAGUUUAUCUGCAUUUCGACGCUGAUCGGGUACGGGCUGUCGUACUCGACCCGGGCGGUCGAGAUCCUGAGCGUGACGCCGGGCUAUUUGAUGCCGCCGACGUUCUGGAUUUGGACCAUUUUCACGUUUUGCUUUCUGGAGCUGCACUUUUGGGAGGUGCUGGUGGAUUUGAUCACGGUGGGGCUGUGCGGGAAGCUGAUCGAGCCGUCCUGGGGACAGAUGGAGAUGCUGCAGUACUUUGCCAUCACGAACGUGGGGGUGGCGAUUCUGACGAGCUUUUACUAUCUGUUCUACUCGAUGAUCACGAAGGACGCGGAGCUGCUGUUUGACGUGCACAUUCACGGGCUGGCCGGGAUGAACGCGGCGGUCAGCGUGGCGGUUACGCAGAUCAUGCCGGACCACUUGAUUGCGCGGACGCCGCUGGGGAAGUUUACGAAUCGGAACGUCCCGUUGACGGUGGUCGUCGUGUCGAUCAUCAUGUGGGCGUGCAAUCUGCUAGACGGAACCUAUCCGGCCAUGUUCGCCUCGGGACUGUACGUUUCGUGGGUUUAUUUGCGGUUUUACCAGCGCCACUCGAACGGAACGCGCGGGGACAGCGCUGAGAACUUUCGGUUUUCGAGCUUCUUCCCGAACGUGCUGCAGCCGUUUAUCGCGCUGAUCGCGAACCCAGUGUACGCGGGUUGCCUCCGGAUCGGCCUCGUGAAGCGACUGUCACCAGCGUCGAGCUCCUCAGCGUCCCUCCAGUCGGUCAGCGUGCACUCGAUGGUCGGCGUCGAUCCGCACGAUAUGGAGCGAAGAAGACAAAUCGCCCUCAAAGCCCUCAGCGAGCGGCUGUCCAAGUCCACUGAUUCUAGUCGCCAGAACCUGCUGCCCAAGUCGUUCCCGCAGGGAACCGGCAAGCAUCACCACCACCAUCACCACCACAAUCAGGGCGGCGGGUUCCCGAUGACGAUGAUUCCGCCGGCGAUUCCGCUGCCGGCACCGCCACCCAAAUCCGCCCUCAAAUCCGAUCCGACGACGAAGCCGAUUCCGGCCACGAGUAGCAGCAGCAGCACAACCAAUUUAAUUAACCUGGAAGCGACGGCGGAACAGGUGGCCGGACCAGCAACGACGACGAAUACUUAAGCUGGCUUAAGUCCGCGGAGCGAGGAACCUUUGGAUUGUUGAACGGUUUAUAUAUUUGUGUCGGAAAAUAAAGGAAAAAGUAACGGUCUCGUGUUUGAAAAAAAAAAGUGUAAAGAGAAGAUGCUUUAAAUAACUAUUAGUAGGGUUUGCGCUCUCCCUUUUUUGUUUGUUUUCUGUAGGUUUUAAUUGUGAUGAUAAGCUAAAAACUAAACAUACAACAUUAAAAUAUAUGGUACUGCGUUGUAGGACAAAUUCUAGACGGCAUUAUCGCAUAAUAAAUCGUACCUAAUGAAAUAAAAAA